AUGGUGCGCGUAGAAAUCGGCGGCAGGCCCAUCAUUGAUGUUGACACCCGCCCUGGGGAUGUUGGGCGUCUCAAGCAACAGAUCCGGCAUAGGAUGCGCGGAGGUGGCCGGUCUGUGCACCUGAGCUGGACGACAACGACGCCCCGACUGGUCCUGACCAGUGACACGGAGGAUUUUGAUCCGACCAUCAUAUCUCAUUUUCAGGAGGAAGGGUUUCAGCUGAGCUAUCUCCAAUAUGCGGGAGACAAGGCGGGCUACAUGGCGCAACUCCAACACUUACAAGACCCCUUAGAGCUAGGGGAGCGCUACGCCAUCGUAGCGUACGGUGACGCCGCAAGCCUGGUUCUGGAAGCCUGUAUGAAGCCCAUGCCCAAGCUUGUUGCCGUCGUCGCAUACUACCCAGACCACGUCCCGAGGAGCACCACCGGAUUUCCCCCAACCCUGAACGUGUUGAUCCACCUGGCCGCCUCACAACGAUGGGGCACGCGGUUCCCGAUGUACCGCUACGAGAAGACCAAGCCCGGUUUCGCCGAACACGAUCUCGACGAGUUCGACAAGAUUGGGGCCUCGUUGGCCUGGUCGCGGACGCUGGGCGUGUUGCGCUUGGCCUUCGACAUCGAAGGACCGGACAUCGAGAGCCUCUGGGAGGCGCACACCCGGCUCGAGUUUGCAGAAAAGGACGUCGACAAGACCAUGGCGACCAUGGUGCCGCAGCCGUACGUGAACCACGUGCCGACCAUGACAGGGGGCAUCGGCCACGACCAGCUUCGCCGGUUCUACGCCGAGUUCUUCAUCCCCAACAACCCGCCCGACAUGCGGAUCCGGCUGCUGAGUCGGACCGUGGGCGUGGACCGCAUAGUCGACGAGAUGUUCGUGUCGUUCACCCACAGCACCGAGAUCCCCUGGAUGCUGCCCGGCGUGCCGCCCACGGGCAAGAAGGUCGAGGUCGUGCUGGUCAGCGUCGUGUGCCUGCGCGGCGGCAAGCUGUUCCACGAGCACAUCCACUGGGACCAGGCCACCGUGCUGGUGCAGGUGGGGCUGCUGGAUCCGAAGUACAUUCCGAAGACGUUCAAGACUGCCGAGGAAGGGCGGGAGGACGAGGUCGAACGGUUGCCUGUUUGGGGAAGAGAGGCGGCGAGGAAAGUUCUGGAUGAGGAUAGUGCGCAGAGCAAUGAGUUGAUUCCAGAUUGGUGA